AUGACGAGCAGCGAACGGCGAACGGUGGACAGCGAACAACUAACUGGGGAUGACGACAAGAACGAUGCGCAACACCUUCGAGGAGCUGUUAGCUCUACUCAGUCAAGACUGGAUGUCCGUGAUUUGCAACGUCUACAAAGCGGUUGUGAUGGGUCGGGUAACGAAUACGAGGGCGGCCCUGGCGACUCAACUCGCUGCUCGGCUCUGUAG